AUGGCCGACCACACGGCAACGAACACCAUGCCUCACUACGCACCAAACACCUACAUCGCAUCCCCACCAGCGGGCACACGUUCACGGGGCAGCUCAGCAGCCUCGCGUUACGUCCCAGAUAACUACCCCAUCCCACCACCCACAAGUAAGGAUGAAAACAACCAGCUCCUCGCCCCACCAUCCCCCAACUCACAACCGGAACCAGAUGCCCAAGCCUUCACGCCCAUCCGGCCAGAACAAUACCGUCCACCACCAGACACGCGAGGGAUCCCCCCAGCUCAACUCCGCCCCUACCAUCCAGACGCAUACAUGCGAUCCAAGUCCGAUGGUUACGAAUCUCGACGCUCGGGCGACGUUCGGAGAUCUUUCGAUUCGAGAUACUCGGACGAUCCCAGGCGCAGUUACCAUUCAACACGGAGUCAUCGGUCUUCGCAUGACGAUUCCGCGAGGAGGAGGGAGUAUGAGCGGCGGAGGGACCAGGAGGAGGCGUGGGAGGAUGAGGAGCGGAGGAGGGAGGCGAGGAGGAGAAAGUCGUCGGGGCAUUUGCAUCAUGAUCGUCAUCAUCAUCACCAUCAUAGGGAUGAUGAGGAUGGUGGUAAGCCUUUGAGGAGGCGGGAUACGCCGAGAGGGUAUGGCAGCUCGCUGUUUGCCGUCUUUGAUCACAUCAAGAAUGCUUGGAAGGGGUAG